AAUCUUAAGAAAACAAUAUCUCUAACAACUUAUCGGUAAAUCAACAAGGCACACAUUAUAUUCACACCAAACAUUCUUUAAAUCCAGAAGGCGUUAACCAAGAAAAACAUGCAUAACAAAAAAAUGAUUUUAUUUUAUUGAAACAAAACAUGCAUAUCGAGUCAUAUUAUUACCUACUACAAAUGUUCAACACAAACUAAGGUUUCGAAUGAUAAAAACAGUUCAAGCAGGACAGAUCAAGCAGAUCAUGCAUAUCAAGCAGAACAAAUGCAGAUCAAGCAUUACAAGUGCAGAUCAAGCGGACAAGUGCAGAUCAAGAGGAUCAUGCAGGAGAGAACCAGAUCAAAUAAUUUAUUAUAACUUAUGAAUGACAAAAUCAGUUCAAAAUUAUAGAUCAUAUAUUAAAACAAUAAAAAUGAUACUUAGAUAUCUAAACAAAUAUCUUAGAUGUUAUAGGAUCGGCCGAAAUGCCUAUAAAUGUUUUAUAAGAUACUUAUACUUUUUUAUUUUCUUAUUUAUAAAAAUUAAAAAUUAUAUGACAAAAAAUAAUAAGUAGAGAAUAAUAAUUUUGUAUUGUUAAAGUUGUAAAUAAAAUAAAAUAAAAAUAUUGUAUUCAUAAAAGUAGAUAAAUAUAUUUUUUAAGUUAUGUGUUGUAACAAAGUUAUUUAUUGACUAAAACAAAAAAAAAAGCAGAUCAACACCACCAAAUGUUGGCGGGUGAGAUCUGACUGCAGAUCUCCUGUUUUUUUUCUACAAAAAGACAAAAAAUAUUGAACUGCAUGCAGAUCUUCCGAUUGAACUGCUUUUACAAACAGAAAAGGGUGAAUGGUAAAUGCAGUGCGGAGAACUGCCUGUACAAGAGAACUGCACUUGUUCUGUUCCUCCAUUCGGACACUAAAAACAAACCACCUCCAGUUUUAAUAAAUGAAAACGUGUAUCAUUAAAAUAGACAAGUGGUUAAAUAAUCUGUCAAAAAAUUAUUAAAUAAGAAAUACUUCAUUUUCUCAUACUUUCUAAUUAUUAUUUUUCCGGGGUGAAAUACUUUUUAAAGUCCUUAAUCCUCAGUCGAAAGUCAUUAACGUUUAAUGGUAUAGUCAAGGUUUCGUCAUUAACAGGUCUGACUAACUUUCUUCCCCUAAAAAGGUUAAAUAGCUUCCCCACUUUUCACAGUUGCGGCCUCUUCUUCUUGUUUGAAACAGCAGAGGUUUGGGCAAAAUCAAAAUCAAAAUCAAAAUCUGAUAUGGUGUUUAAGAAAACGAAGCUCUUCUUCUCCUCGAAGAAAUCAGGAUCUUCCGAUAGCUCCAACAGUCCCCGAUCCGUCGGCUCAAGCUCUCCGAUCGGAUCCGAUAACCACAAAUCCAAAAGCCCUAACUCAACCUCUUCUCCCUUCGCCGCAGUGUUUGAUGGCUUUAAGAAGAAGGAGAAGGAUGGUUCAUCAUCAAAGGCCAAAGAAACCUCCUCCUCCGAUCAAGUUCCCGGAAAAUCUAAAUUGUCAUCUGAGGCGAGUAAACUAACCGCCGAAACGCCUAUCAUGGCCUCGUCUCUAGGUUUGAAUCGAAUCAAGACGAGGUCCGGGCCGUUGCCGCAGGAGAGCUUCUUCAAUUUCGGGGAUGAGAAAGCGGUUCCGAUCGUACCGCCCAAGUUGGGUACUCGUUGGGACUCUGGUUCGAGUAGUAGCAGCAAUACAAAGAAGAAGGAAGCGGCCAAUGUUGAUCGAAGAAGCAAUGUUCCCGCAAUGCCGGCAUUGAGCACUACUGGUCAGCUCAAGGUAACACCUAGCGAUGCUGGCACACCAGAGAAUUCCUAUGAAGUAGAGCCUGAAACCCCUCGUAACCAAGCCUUACUUCGUAUGACCAGUGCUCCAAGAAGGAGGUUUUCUGGUGACAUCAAGAGCUUUUCUCAUGAGCUGAACUCCAAAGGUGUAAGGCCUUAUCCUUUAUGGAAGCCUCGUAGGUCAAAUAGCGUGGAGGAAAUCUUGAAUCUUAUCCGGACCAAAUUUGAUAAAGCCAAGGAAGAAGUAAAUUUGGACCUUGGAGUAUUUGCUGGUGACCUGAUUGAAAUUUCUGAGGAAUAUGCGGAAAGUCAUCCCGAGUGGGAGGUGACAAUUUACGACUUGUUGAUUUUGGCACAGAAAUGUACCAAGUCUACGUCAGGAGAGUUCUGGCUUCAGUGUGAGGGCAUAGUUCAAGAGUUAGAUGAUAGACGUCAGGAGCUUCCCCCGGGCGUGCUCAAGAAGCUUCACACUCGGAUGCUGUUUAUCCUUACCAGAUGUACUAGAUUACUUCAGUUUCAUAAGGAAAGUUGGGGACAGGAGGAAGAGGCCUUACGUCAGUCAAGAGUCUUGCAUUCUGCGGAUAAAAGAGCCCCCACUGGAGAAGUUAGGGAUAGGAAGGGCUUAAAUACUGCCACGGCCUUAAAGAUACCAUCCACCAAGAAAGCUUAUAGUCAGGAGCAGCGUGGUUUGAAUUGGAAAGAUGACUUUGUUAAUCGUCCAUCUCCUCUCUCUUCACCGUACAAUGAAACUUCAAACGAUUCUGAAUCACUUGUAAACAUGGACCGAAUGUCUUCUUGGAAAAAGCUUCCAUCUCCAGCGCCAAAGGGUGUAAAAGAAUCUACAGUAUCAAAAGAGCAGACUGAUAGCAAAACUGAACCUCCAAAGGUAGCUACGAGUGAUGAUAUGGCUGUUUCUAAGGCACCAGACUGUUCUCCCAAAAAAUUGUCUCAUGAACAUAUGACCAAGCAUCGGCACAAUAUUUCUUGGGGUUAUUGGGGGGAUCAGUCAUAUAUUCCUGAGGAAAGUUCAAUUAUUUGUCGUAUAUGCGAGGAGGAUGUUCCAACCACCCACGUGGAAGAUCACUCUAUAGUCUGUGCAUUGGCUGAUAAAUAUGACCAAAAGGGUCUGAGUGUUGAUGACCGGCUGGUGGCAGUUGCUGUAACUCUUGACAAGAUAACAGAGGCCUUUAUACAGAAGGAUAGCCUAGCAGCGGUAGAAAGCCCGGAUGGUAUGAAAAUAUCUAAGGCGAGCUUGACUGGAGAAUCUGAUGUUCUCUCCCCAAAGCUAAGCGACUGGUCGCGGAGAGGGUCCGAGGACAUGCUUGACUGUUUUCCGGAGGCUGAUAAUUCAGCUUUCAUGGAUGAUAUGAGAUGUUUCACUUCAUUGUCAUGCAGAACUCGUUUUGGUCCCAAGUCUGAUCAAGGCAUGACUGCUUCAUCUGGCGGUAGCAUGACCCCUAGAUCUCCCAUUCCAACCCCUAGAUCCGAUCCAGUUGAAUUGUUUUUAGGAGGCAAGGGUACAUUCCAUGACCUGGAUGAUAUUCCACAGAUGACUGAACUUGCUGACAUUGCAAGACGCGCAUCAAAUGCCAUUCCAGAUGGUGAUCGAUCCAUUCGGCUCUUACUUUCCUGUCUUGAUGACUUGAGGGUUGUCAUAGACCGCAGAAAUUUCGAUGCGCUUACAGUAGAAACUUUUGGGACACGCAUUGAAAAGUUGAUACAGGAAAAGUAUCUUCAGCUUCUAGAUGAUGAAAAGUUUGACCUAUCAAGCACCGUAAUUGAUGAAGAUGCUCCUUUGGAAGAUGACGAUGUUAUUCGCAGCUUGAAGACCAGCCCAGUACAUCUGCAUGACCGCAUAUCCAUAGAUGAUUUUGAUGAGAUAAAAGAAAUUAGUAGGGGAGCUUUUGGGAGAGUUCUUUUGGCUAAAAAGAGAACGACAGGAGACCUAUUUGCAAUUAAGGUUCUGAAGAAGGCCGAUAUGAUCCGCAAGAAUGCUGUUGAAAGUAUACUUGCUGAACGAGAUAUUUUGAUCAACGUCCGCAAUCCCUUUGUGGUUCGAUUCUUCUAUUCUUUUACUUCUCGCGAAAACCUGUAUCUUGUGAUGGAAUACCUGGGUGGAGGUGAUUUUUAUUCACUGUUGAAGAAUAUUGGUUGCAUGGAUGAAAGUAAUGCCCGUGUAUACAUUGCCGAAGUUAUCCUUGCAUUGGAAUAUUUACACUCUGAGGGUGUUGUGCAUCGUGAUUUGAAACCUGACAAUUUGUUGAUUGCACAUGAUGGUCAUGUUAAGUUAACAGAUUUUGGGCUCUCCAAAGUUGGUCUCAUCAGCAGCACCGAUGAUCUCUCUGGUCCAGAUUUUGGUGCAUCGUCUCUGUUUCUUGAGGAGAAACCAAAAUGGACAACAUCGGAGCAUGAGUUUGGAAGUCGAGAUAAGCGGUCUGCAGUGGGCACUCCUGACUACUUGGCGCCGGAAAUUCUUCUGGGGACAGGACAUGGUGCAACUGCGGAUUGGUGGUCUGUUGGCAUCAUUUUGUUUGAAUUCAUUGUGGGGAUUCCGCCCUUCAAUGCUGAUCAUCCUGAGCAAAUAUUUGACAAUAUCCUCAACCGAAAUAUACCAUGGCCUAGUGUUCCAGAGGAGAUGAGCCAUGAAGCCCGUGAUUUGAUAGAUCGGUUACUAACGGAAGAUCCUCACCAGAGACUUGGAGCUAGAGGGGCGGCUGAGGUCAAGCAGCACAUCUUCUUUAAAGACAUAAACUGGGACACUCUAGCAGAGCAGAAGGCUGCAUUUGUGCCGGAUUCAGAAGAUGUUCUUGACACAAGUUACUUCCAGUGUCGCUACCAGCCUAGCUUUUCGGAUAAGCAAUGUUUUCCAACCAAUGAGAAUGGAGAUUCUAGUGAAAGUGGCAGCAGUGGUUGCCUGAGCAAUGAUCCUAACGAGGAGAUUGAUGAACGUGGCGGACCUGCGGAGUUGGAAACUAAUGUGUCUAAAAAUAACCCAUUCGAUAAUUUCUCGUUCAAGAACCUAUCGCAGCUGGCAUAUAUCAACUAUGAUGUGAUAUCCAAAGGUCAGAAAGAAGGAACACCAACAAAUUUGCAUCGAAGAUAACAAACAAAUCAAAGCUACUUGAUAUUUCUGUACAUAGACAUGAAGAAAAACAGAGAAAAACAAAAGGGAAAAUGGAUAUUGAAACAUUGUUUGGCCGCAUAACGCAUAUUAUUUUGCGGUAUGUAGCUGGUUGAUAUUUGUUUGGAUUUGUGGUUAUACGAACAUGGUUUCAGGCUUUGGCAUUCCACCUUCAGAGAGAGGUUGUGAAAUGAUGUUUCUAAGUAAAUUAAGUGAAAGAUGAUCUCAAUGUUCCUUACUGUUUCGCAAUUUGUCUCUUCCAAAUCUGUUCAUAGAAUGUUUUAGGCUGCACAUGAAAUAGAAUCAUCACUCUGUCGUUGUCUU